CCCCCCCCCCAACUCCCCAACAAGGAAACACCUAAUGUUGCACUCCGUGACUCUGUCGCUGCUCUCUAGUGAUCUAUCCUUACAUUGGGAUUCAGUCUCCUACUUACCCCCGGAGUUGUGUGCGUAAAGGACGUACCCUACAGGGAAGCGAAAGCAAUAGAGAGGGUGGCGAUCUCGCCAACCUUUCCUGGGGCUCUAAAUCUGUGGAAGCAGGUGUAUUUCUGCAAGUCAAGAUGUCUGUGCUGCCUUCGAGGUUCAUAUACCUGUGUUUACAUUUUCUGGUACUCUAUUUCCAGCUACAGGAAUCCCAGCAGACAUCUGCAGAUUUCAGAUUUUACAUCGAGAACCACACAAGGAACCCGGACGACCUGAGCCGCAAGCAGGUCCGGAUCUAUCAGCUCUACAGCAGAACUACAGGGAAACACGUCCAGAUCUUGGGGAAGAAAGUCAACGCCAACGGAGAUGAUGGGGGCAAGUAUGCUCUUCUUGUUGUCGAGACAGAAACCUUUGGGAGCCACAUUCGAAUAAAAGGAAAAGAGAGCGAACAUUACAUUUGCAUGAACGAAAAGGGCAAAAUUGUCGGAAGGCCUGAUGGAAGGAAGCAGGAGUGCGUCUUUGUCGAGGAAUUCCUGGAGAACAACUACACAGCUCUUGUGUCGGCCAAGUACAAAGGGUGGUACCUCGGCUUCAACAGGAAGGGGCGGCCCAAGAAAGGCUCUCGGACCACGCAGAGACAACAGGAAGUCCACUUCAUGAAGCGCCAGCCUAAGGGCAGGCCGGACCCUCUGGAGGAGUUUCGUUUCACCACAGUCACUAAGCGGACACGAAGGGCUCGGCGAUUAAAACCCAACCCCAAGAGGAACUAAUGGGAUCAAUGUGACAGCACUAAUUUUCCUCGAGGGUGGGGGUUGGGGGGGAAACAAAACUGUAUCUUAAAAACUCAAGCUUCUUGUCUUAAAAAAAAUCACCUUAAAGACUUCACUUCUGUAAAAGAAAGACAAACGACAAAAAGAACAAAAAAGUCAAAGAUGUUCUAUUUUUGUAUUUCAGGAUGACUGACUAUUUCCUAACUCUUGGAUUCUUCUGGGUUGAUGUCAUUGUGCUAACGUGUCUGUCAUGUUAUUUAUACUGGAUAAACUAAAGGACCUCUGAAAGUAUUCCUGUCGCCGUCGUCCUCAGCUACGUUUCAACUGCAAGCUGAAGAUGUACUUUUUGGGGGAGAAUGGGGGCUGAAGCACGAGCUGACGCGACGUUAUAAAAAUCAGCCAACUAGAGAUUUAUUGGAAUACCUGUCGGUUUUUGUUUGUGUUGCCCCUGACAACGUGGAUCCCAUACUUUCCACUGGAAUCAGACACCAUGGAGAUGAAACGGAGAGAGGUGGCAGACACAGGUGACACUGUGCUGGCGGAAUAACUGUAGCUUUGAGUGCAAUAUUUUACAGGACUCUCUCUUUCUCUUUUUUUCCAUGUGUCUCUCAACCUCAGCUCCACUCGUGGCUCCUGGAAUGUGCUGAACCCUCCGAGUACUGUGUGCCAUUUCCCUGACAUUUCCAUGCAGCCUGUGAUUCAGCUAAAACACGACAUGCUUUGACUAGUCGGGCACCAGCCGUGGCUUUAGUCUUGUUUAAACACCUUAAAAGAAAACAAUACAAACAAAAAUAUGAUGUGAUUCCUAAUUCCACAAAAUCUUCCAACUUCAUCACAUUUGGGAGACGAAUGUUAAUCCCUCUUGUCUCCCCUUGGAUUCACUUUUUAACAGCUCUUCCUCACGUGUGUUAUGUUGUUCCAGAAGAAGAUGCCUUGAUUCUUUGAGCGUGAGCUAGCUAAUAUUUUGGGCCUGGUGAUGAAGACCUCCUCUACCUCCUCGGUCUUUUUGUUUAUCUUUACCUAGCAUGAAUCUGUGUUCAGUUAAUCUCAAGAACCUUUCAGUAGACACCGUUUUUUUUUUUCUUCUUGCCCCAGAUCAUCCUUUGACUGUGAGCUCAUCUUUGCUUUUAUCACUCUCGCUGGAUGCCUUUGGGAAAGCUUAUCCUUGUGCUUGUUUUGUCCCACCUGCGAUCCGCAGACACGGACACUGUAGCUCUGACCAUCCCUGAUCACUUCCUUAAUCCACAUUUGACAAUUUAAGACUUCUCCUCAGAAACCCGGUUGACCAACAGGAUUAUGGGAACGUUUUCAGCGACGUGGUAGAGUUUGUGUCUGUAACUUAAAGGGAAAAAUGUCUGCUUCUAUCAUUCCUUCUCUCACUGACAACAAACUCCAGCCUCGUUUCACCAGUAGUAUGUAUUUACCUGUCUGCUGGCAGGUUUUUGUAUGAGUUGCUACUAACAACAUGACACAUUUAUGUUUUUUUUUAAACAAAUGUAAGCAAAAAUAAUUUUAUGACUAUUAUUAAGAUAUUUAUUGCCUCCCUUUGUAAAUAAAUUGUGAUAAGUUUUA